AUGCUUCAUACACCAUCGCAAAAAUCAAGGCUGGCCGAGUUUACAGAGCUCCUCAAGGAUGAUAAUCGUGUCAAGGUCGCAGGCGUGGAUCUGGACGGCAUUCUCCGCGGCAAGGUCAUGGUCAAGUCCAAGUUUUUGUCAGUCCUCGAGUCUGGCUUUGGGUUCUGCUCGGUUAUCUUUGGCUGGGAUAUGCACGACAAGACAUACCCCGAGGAACUGAGUGUCUCGAACGCCGCCAAUGGUUAUAGAGACAUCAUUGCGGUUCCUGACCUGUCAACCUUUAGACGCAUCCCUUGGGAAGGCAAUAUUCCAUUCUUCCUGCUGUCGUUUUACGAUCCUGCGACGAAACAGCCCCUGGCCGUUUGUCCCCGAGGAUUUUUAAAACGAGUAACGGACGAGCUGGCAUCCUUAGGCUGGGAGGCCAUGUGUGGAGCAGAAUUCGAGUUCUUCAAUUUCAAAGGUAUUAUCCGGAUCCACGGGGCAUCACCAGAGACGCUUGCAGCAAAGGGACACACAAAACCAGAGGCAUUGACGCCAGGCAUGUUUGGAUACUCGCUACUCCGGCCAUCUCUAAAUCAGGAGUAUUUCUACAAUGUCUUUGACGAGUGCAGGAACUUUGGUGUCAAUAUCGAGAGUUUUCAUACCGAGACAGGUCCCGGAGUAUUUGAGGCGGCCCUGUCCUACGACAAUGCAACCAACAUGGCUGACAUGGCUAAUCUGUUCAAGCUAUCGGUCAAGCAGCUGGGAAUGAAGCAAGGAAUUAUGCCGACAUUCAUGGCAAAACCCUACGGCGACCAGCCCGGAUGCUCUGGACACCUCCAUUUUUCGCUGCGUGACAUUGCCACUAAGACCAAUCUGUUUGCAGCCGCACUGGACAGUAACGGUAAUCCCGAGCAGGAUCUAGCCAACGAUGAGAACCGGCCUGAAUGGGAGAAAUCUGUUGAGGGCGUUAAUCAUAUGAGCCAGAUCAUGAAGUGGUUUGUCGCAGGACUCUUGACAGGAUUGCCCAGCAUCAUGGCCAUUCUGGCCCCAAACAUCAAUUCGUACAAGCGGUUGGUGGAAAACUACUGGGCACCUGUGACAGUUUCUUGGGGCAUCGAAAGCCGUAUCUCUGCAAUCCGUGUCAUCGGCCCCCCACAGUGCGAUCUUAAGAGCACACGGCUCGAGAUGCGAGUCGGCGGUGCAGAUAUUAACCCUCACCUCGCGAUUGGAGCAUGCUUGGCCAUGGGUCUUUACGGCAUCAAGAACAAGUUGUCUAUGCCUGUGGGACCAACGACCGCGGAGGCAGAGGUGAAUAUGGCUCAUGGAGAGGGUAGUGCUAAGGUCAAGACUGAGCGUUUGCCAAAGUCCCUUAAGGACUCUGCAAACGCCAUGCUCGAGCCGGGCUCGAUUGCGAGACAAGUGUUGGGAGAUGCGUUCGUGGACCAUUACGCUGCUACGCGGUUGAAUGAGUAUCGGAUCUGGGAGACUGCUGUUACCACCUGGGAAACCAAGCGUUACUUUGAGCUCGUUUAA